AUGUCUCCCAGUAGCACCUACUCCUACUACUCUACUGAAAAUCCCUGGGACGAAACAGUCAAUCUCGGGUAUUACUAUCAAUCAUCUGGCGGAAGCAUCUUUUACGCCAGCUUUGCUUUUGACGCCCUAACUUUCCUGGCCUUGGUGGGCUUUCUCGCCUGGGCAUGUACCAUCCGAGUUUCGAGCCGGGCUCUCAAAAGCAUUAUAGCCGCACUUGCCUUGUGGAUGAUCUCUCAACUCCUCUACGUUAUCUGGGAGAUCUUAAUCUUAUCGGACGCAACUGUGAAAAACUACUAUGUGAUCAUCUUCAUGCUGCAGGAUCUCUUCGGCGUGAUCUCCACCUGCCUGCUAUUCCUGGCCUUCUACCAAAUCAUCCACAAGCUUUUGAACCGUCUCACAGACACCGGAAGCCCAUAUACAGCUGUACGGAUCGUUCACUGGGUUGCAUUGGGACUCGUCUCCGCUCUCUCCAUUGCCGAGUGGGCAGUCUACGUCGCGGUCAAUGUCUACUCUGUCGAGAUCGUUAGCCUGUCCUAUCGGUUCUAUGAUAGAUUCGCCAGAAACUACGACAGGCUUUACAGCGCCCGUGUCAUUGUCUACUUCAUAAUGGCCUGUGAGAUCUUCAUGUGGACGAUCUUUGUGACCGUGAAAGCUGGGACGCAACGUUUUGUUUCACGGACGCCUCUAUUCUCUCUCAUUGCUGCAAGUCUAUGCUGGUUCGGAUAUAACUUGAUGUAUGGCGUCUACGCCAUUGUCUACGACUUGAUGUUCUCCUCUGGGGCUCUUGCCGCCGAGAUCAUCGAAUCAGUCUUCCAGUUUGUGUUCGUCGUUGGAAUAUUCUUGGGUCUUUUGUUCUGCAUUUCGGGAUGGUACAGGCUCGAUGAAAACCAUGCAAAGGCCCCGACCUCGGUGCAGCCUCACGAUGCUCAGCUUCAGGUUCCGUACCCGCAGCAGCCGUACCAGCAGCAAGGACCAGUAUUCCACCCCCAACCCUAG